AUGGACAGGAUAGGGGUGUCUUUUCUGGACCCUUUGGAUGAUUACGAGCUGAUCCACCGCAUCGGCUGUGGCACCUAUGGAGAUGUGUUCAAGGCUCGUAACAUCCGGACGUCCGCGUUGGCAGCCAUCAAGAUUGUCAAACUGGACCCAGGAGAUGACAUCACCUCGAUACAGCAGGAGAUCACGAUGAUGAAGGAGUGCAAACACAAAAACAUUGUCUCCUAUUUUGGCAGCUACCACCGGAACACGAAACUGUGGAUCUGCAUGGAGUACUGUGGAGGAGGGUCCUUGCAAGAUAUUUACCAUUGUACGAUGGCUCCGGAGGUUGCAGCCGUGGAGAAGAAGGGCGGGUACAACCACCUGUGUGAUAUUUGGGCCGUCGGCAUCACCGCCAUCGAGCUGGCAGAGCUUCAGCCGCCCAUGUUCGACCUCCACCCGAUGAGGGCACUAAUGCUGAUGUCCAAGAGCAACUUCCAGCCUCCAAAACUAAAAGACAAAACACAAUGGUCGUCAGGCUUCCAGAGCUUUGUAAAGAUGGCGCUGAUCAAAAACCCUCGGAAAAGACCGUCUGCCGAGACCCUGCUGCAGCAUCCGUUUGUGACGCAGCUGUUGACGAGGAACCUGAUCAUCGAGCUGCUGGACUUGGCCAGUAACCCAGAGCUCUUCCACAGCCACGGCCUCGAGGAGAACGACGUAGAGGUUGAGGAAGACGCUCCAGACAAGAUCCAGUCAGCGGGGAAGCACCUGGCCGUGGAGAGGACCUCGUCUGAAGAACAAUUUGAUCAGGCAAAAUUUAGGCCUCCUUUACGGAAAGUGACAGAGCCCUAUCCUGACUUAGGUUCCUAUGACGACGACUGGAGUCUGUCUGGAGAUGAAGACAAUUCUCCGAGCCUGCUGGAAUGUGUGGAGCAAGCUCUGCAGCUGAGGAGUUUAACUAUGAGGAGAGCGCCCUCUACUGAUGGUGGCAGGAGGAGCGGCCUGUUCAGUCCCACCACGGCCUCGUUGCCGGCCUUCUGCUCUCUGUCCACACAAGCAGAGGACCAGGACCACACGCUCAGACCCAGCUGUACCCUGGGUCCUGAUGCUGCCCUGGAGAAUGACUGCCACUCUUCACCAGGGUUGUCUCGCUGCUCUGCCACUCGGGACAUCCGGCAGCGCUGCAAUGACACAUCCCCCACAGAGAAGCCCACGACAGCAUCACCCCCCAAACGAGACACCCCUCUGUCCCCUGAGUGGUGCACGCUGAGGAAGAAGACCGAGGACUCAAGAGCAGAUUGUCAUGGACUUCCUCCCACCCCUCAAGUCCAUAUGGGAGCGUGCUUCUCCAAAGUCUUCAAUGGCUGCCCGCUAAAAAUAAACUCUGCCGUUACCUGGAUUUUUCCUAAAACAAGAGACCAAUACCUUAUUCUCGGAGCAGAGGAGGGAAUUUACACACUGAACCUCAAUGAACUACAUGAAGACACACUCGAGAAGCUGCUGCCCCAGAGAUGCUCCUGGCUGUACGUCAUGAACAACGUACUGAUGACAGUCUCUGGGAAGUCCUCUCAGCUCUACUCUCACAGUCUAACUGCUCUGUUCGAACACAAAGGGACAGAGACUGUGCAGAAGAGGCCCAGCACCUUGUCCCUCAGCACCAGCCGCUUCACAGACCGCAUCAGCCACAGAAAGUUUGCUGUAUCAGUGAAAAUCCCAGACACUAAAGGCUGCAGGAGGUGUAGUGUAGCCAGAAAUCCGUACACAGACAGCACUUUCCUAUGUGCGGCCGUUCCCUCCGGUCUGGUCCUGCUUUUGUGGUAUGAGCCUUUACAGAAGUUCAUGCAUCUUAAGCACAUAGCCAUCAAGCUGCCAGAGAGUCUGCCUAUAUUUGAGUGUCUGGUGGUGGUGACGGACGAGUUUCCUCAGCUCUGUGUUGGAGUGAGAGACUGUAGUAAUGAGAAAAGUGGUCAGGAGCUUACGUUUGAUAUCAUUGAGCUCAAUGGGGCCCCUAUCUGUGAACCAGACUAUGGAGGACUCAAGGUUGGACAGGUCACCCAGCUUGACAGAGACACAGUUCUUAUUGCAUUAGAAAAAACGGUUAAGAUUGUUAACUUAAAGGGACAGCCGUCUAAAGAGCUUUCUGCAGAAUUGAUAUUUGGCUUCCCCAUUGAAACUAUAGUAUGUUUACAGGACAGUGUUUUAGCUUUCUGGAAACAUGGUCUCAAGGGGAAGACUUUUCAUUCUGAUGAAGUGACGCAGGAGAUUACUGAUGAGAGCCGAUCCUUCAGAGUUCUGGGAACAAACAGGGACAUAAUUCUCCAGAGCACGCCAACUGAUGACCCCUCUGCACUGAGUAACCUCUACAUCCUAACCGAGCAGGAGAAGAAGAAGCUGCUUCCGCGUCGUUUUGUCUUUUUUUCCUCGCGUCGACAUUUCCUUAAUCGAGCACAAUGGUGA